AUGUCGUACGCUGCAGCGCUUUCUGGCCCCCAGCAUGAUCUGAAGCAACCUGCGAAGCCUCCACAAGCCGAUUCUCCGAGUGCCUCGCCCCAGAAGCUGCAGAACCAGACGCAGCUGUAUCGGUUGAAAGAUCAACAAGGUGCCUCGUCGAUCGGAAAUCCUUCUUCACCACAAGGUCCCUACACAGCAUCAACUUAUCAGCGUCACUCGGACCACAUCCCGCGAACUUCUUUGCCGUCAGAAGAAGCAUACAUCCUAUCCCUAAAGACAGAUCAAGCACACCACGCCGCCCUCACAGCUCUUCGAGAUAGGUACUUUCCUCGACAUCUGAACAAGCUCUCUGCGCAUAUUGCUCUAUUCCGUGCCUUACCCGGGUCCAAGCUCGAAGAGAUCAGCCAUGACAUAGCCUCCUUGAGCCAGAAGCAGCAGACCUUCCCCAUCAAGACGUCUUCGCCUUUUAGACUGAAGCAUGGUGUCGGUAUUGGGGUCUCGUCUGGUGCUAUGGAAUCGAAGAUCAUCUUCGAAGACUUGCGAUCGAAGUGGGAAGCGUUCUUGAGCAAGCAAGACAAUGGUGGCUUCCGAGCGCACUAUACGAUUAUGAACAAGGUGGAGGAUGAGGAGGAGAUAGGGAGGUGUCUGGAAGAAGUCAAAUGUAGUUUUGGAACGAGCGACGGAAUUGUUGAGGGGCUGAUUCUAUGGAGGUAUGAGAAGGGCUAUUGGGGAUUCCUAAAAGCUUGGGAUUUUAGACAGGAAAGAAAAUAA